GACGUUUGAGCCCAGAGCUGUGUCCUCUAGUCAGCACCGUGUCCCCAACCCAGCUCCCCCCUGUUGCCAUGGUGCUGGGCCCCCCGCCUGAGGAGGGCACCGUGGCCGUCAUGGUGCGUGUGCGGCCCCCCGCUCCCUGUGAGCGAGAGCGGGCUGUGCACCCUGUCCUGCACGUUGUCGACCAGCACAUCCUCGUCUUUGACCCUGAGGACCCCAGCGGCCCCCCCAGCAGUGUACUGCCCACCCGUGGGCCCAAGCACCAUGGCAAGGACCUGAAGUUUGUCUUUGACUGGGUUUUUGGGGAGGGGGCCACGCAAGAGGAGGUGUUCCAGCACACCACCCGUGACCUGUUGGACAGCGUCCUCAAUGGCUACAACUGCUCUGUGUUUGCCUAUGGCGCGACGGGAGCAGGAAAAACCUACACCAUGCUGGGCUCGGAGGAAAGCCCUGGCAUCAUGUACCUCACCAUGGUGGAGCUGUACAAGAGGAUCGAGGCCAGAAGGGAGGAGAAGAGCUGUGAGGUCCUGGUCUCCUACCAGGAGGUGUACAAUGAACAGAUUCACGACCUGCUGGAGCCCAAGGGCCCUCUGGCCAUCCGGGAGGAUCCCGAGAAAGGAGUCGUGGUUCAGGGUCUCUCCUUCCACCAGCCCACAUCAGCAGAGCAGCUCCUGGAGAUGUUGGCCAACGGCAACAAAAACCGGACGCAGCAUCCCACUGAUGCCAAUGCCACCUCCUCCCGCUCGCACGCUGUCUUCCAGAUCUAUGUGAAGCAGCAGGACCGUGUUGGUGGCCUCACUCGGGAUCUGCAAGUGGCCAAGAUGAGCUUGAUUGACCUGGCAGGUUCAGAGCGAGCUUCAGUCACCAACACCAAGGGAGAGCGGCUCCGGGAGGGUGCCAACAUCAACCGCUCACUGUUGGCCCUCAUAAAUGUCAUCAACGCGCUGGCUGAUGCCAAGAGCAAGAAAACCCACAUCCCAUACCGGGACAGCAAGCUCACGCGCUUGCUGAAGGACUCCAUUGGUGGCAACUGCCGCACCAUCAUGAUUGCUGCUGUGAGUCCCUCCACACUGGCCUAUGAGGACACUUACAACACACUCAAGUACGCCAACCGGGCCAAGGAGAUCAAGCUGUCGCUGAAGAGCAAUGUGCUCAGCUUUGACUGCCAUGUCAGUAAAUACGCUGUGAUCUGUGAGCAGCUGAAAGCAGAGGUGUCAGAUCUGCGGGCGAAGCUUCGUGCCUAUGAGGACGCUGCCCGGGAGGCAGAGAACCAGGAGCCGGCACCACUGGCUCCCCUCAGCUCGAGCCCAGGGGAGCUGCCCAGGUGGGAGCAAGCUGUCCCGAAGACGUGGUUGGGCCUGAAUGAUCAGAGGGAGAUUGCUGGAGAGCAGCAGGAGCUGGAAGCUGGACGGCCUGUUCAGCUACAGCUGGGAUUGGAGGAGGAGGCUCCAGAGGAAAUGCCUCCCAGCAGUCCCAGAGCAACUGACCAGACAGAUGUCCAGCUGGAACCAAAGGAACCAAGCCACCUUCUAGAGGAGGGAGAUGUGAGCCAGAGGGAGAUGCUAGCCAGCAUCUCUGGCAGGCUGGGGCACGGCAGGAACUCAGAGGUGUCUGUCGCCAUGGUUGGUGCCCCUGUGACCAGCACCACCCUGCAAUGCUUGCAGCAGCUCGUUCCGCUCUCCUGUCCCAUGCCAAUGGCUCCCAGCCCGAUUAAGAAGAAGAGUAGGUCUGAGAUGAACAGCGCUUCCCAACUGGGAACUCCCCGCAGCCUCAAAACAGGGGUGAAACGCAAGCGGAGAGGUGGGAAAGCAGCGGAGACUCCCAGGGUGACACAGAGCCCAGGCACCGCCUGUCUCAAAGCAGCAGCCCAGGCCCCCAUCUCCCUGAUGCCAUCAUGUUGCACCCCCAAAAUCUGCCCACUGACUGUCACCAAAAGCCGCGUGCCCCUGGUGAUGUCAGCUGCCCAAAAUGGCUGCGCCCCAAAACGGCAGUCUGCCCUGCCCAUCAGUGACCUGAAUGUGACUUUUGAGAUCUGCAAGGACAACGGUUCACCCGACGUGGACAAGCCAGCUGCCCUCAGCCUGCCUGAAUUCCCUGCCUGGGAGAAUGUCCAGAGCCUCCUAAACAAGCAGGAUGGCCCCGUCGUGCCCAAAGCCUGUGUGCCGGGGUUUGCCAUGAGGGGUUCCUCCAUCCCCAAGCCCUCCUCUGUCUCCAAAGCAUCUGCGUGGAAGCGGAGGCGAGUGGAGAGGUGA